AUGAGAUAUCUGCUGAACAAGAUUCAGCAAAAAUUCAGCAACUCCGGCGUUAACGAAGUCAUUAAAUUGGCAACGAAGGAAAAGUCAUUUUCUGAGGCGCUUAAACUGCGCUUGCAGAAUCUCUCGCAUACUGUCACGCAAGACACGCUUUUUAGUGUGCUCCUGGAAUUCAAUGUGCACGAAAAACUCCCACUAGAAGAUUUGUUACUACAUCGUAACUUUCAAGCUUGGGAUAACGAGUACAGCAAGAAAGAAGUUAAUUUCGGCCGUGAGAUGGUGAAAGGAUUGCAAUUGAUACACAAGCAAGAUGAAGAGAUUACUAGCGCUCUAGCGGGGUUAAAGGAAAUGGGUGAACUAAAUGCGUCCCAUCUCAAGGUGAUCAAAGCGCUUAAAGGUGACAACAAAAGCUCAUCAAUUCGAAAUUGA